AUGCCAUUCCCCGUGCGCCUCCCGCCGCCAUCAACCACCGCGGCCGCUGCCGCUGCCACCGUCGGGGCCGUACUCGCCGCCGUCGCGCUCCGCCGCUACCUGUCCGCUUCCCGCCACGGGCCAUCCGCCCGCGUGUCCAUGUCCGUGACCGCCGGAGCAGCCACCACGCUCGUGGCGAACUUUGCAAAGCUACUGGUGGGCGUUGUGUGCGUUGCCGACGUGCAGUUCAAAGGGAGAGGCGAGAUUGAUGCACUCUUGUACUUCUGA